AUGUUUCCUGUGCAAGGUCUGCUGGCCUCGGUCGUAUGUCCUGCACAUCGUGAUGGCGAAUGCGAAGGGCGGCGCAUUCAGUGCAUUUUUUCGCACGAUAUGCGUCAAUUACAAAAGCGCACUACCCCAUCAACUCACCUUGAUCUCGCCUCUGAAAAGGAGAUAAAGCGCACAAAACUUACAAAGGACGAUUCUGAGCACAAGACCAUUGAAUGCCCACGUAUUUCAUCGAAAGAUCAUCCGAGAACAUCUCCCAUCUCACUUGGAAGUCGUCAGGAUGGAGUCAAGAAAUUGCAUGCCGCACUGCUGAAAUUUUAUGCGCCUAUGCUCGAACACGAACAACCCCACAUACGGCACAUGGGGGCUACUUUCGCAGCUCGUGAUGCUCUCAAUAUGGAAGCAGAUGUUAUGCAACAUGCAAAUGUACAUUCCUACAAAAGUUCAAGCAUGACUGCUGCCGCGGGGAUCCUGAAACGGUCAAAGCAAGCACUGAUAGAUUCAGUCGAAGAAGCGAGUCAUGUCGAUCAAAAAGGCAAAGCCGAGAAUAUCAUGAAAGAUUGUACAGAAACGGGAACAGCUUUACAAGUGCAAGAAAAGAGAAAGCGUGUAGAACGCCGUCGACUUGGCGAAUUGACUCGCUCUCGACUCGUCAAAGCCGGAUUUUUAUGCCCAAAAGGUGAUCUUACAACGCUAGGCUACCUUACUGAAAUCCCCGAGGAAUGGGGACCUGGGGGUGAUGUUCCCGACGGAACUGGAGAGUAUCAGACCUGCAUUCGGUGCAGCGGUCAGUUCAAGGUCGCCCCUCUAGGUCCGGUCGGUACAGAUGAUCCCAACAAGCAAGAUCCAGAGGCGUGUCGGUAUCAUGCAGGCCGUCCACGACGGGAGGCAUUAGAUGGGAAUAUGGCAGCACGAAAGGUACUUCGUUGGACAUGUUGCGGCCGAACUGUGGAUAGUCUCACGCUUGGUGAUGACCGAUGCUCGACGGGUCCACAUGUGUACAAGGAAGAAGCACCACGCUCUUUACAUCGACGAGCUGGCUACAGAACACUGAAGCAAUUAAACCCUGAUUCUGUAGCUGCAACGCUGCAAGUUGCCGCCCUUGAUUGCGAAAUGAGUUAUACGACCGCUGGCUUGAGCGUCACGCGCAUCACCCUCGUCGACGAAUCUGGAGACGUCGUUUUUGAUGAGUUGAUUCGAUGUGCAAAUGGCGUAUCCGUGGUGGAUUUCAAUACGCAGUUCUCUGGCAUUCAACCGGGCGAAUAUGAAGCCGAAGCAGUCUUGGACUUGGACAGCGCUCGCCGAGCAUUAGCCCAAUACAUUGGCCCUGAUACCAUUUUGAUUGGACAUGGAUUGGAAAAUGACCUGCAUGCCAUUCGGCUAGUCCACACAAACAUUAUUGAUACCUGCCAGCUUUUUCCACAUCCACGAGGGUUGCCGUACCGGCUUGCUCUUCGGGAUUUGGUAUCAAAAUAUCUUGGCAAAAUCAUUCAAGCAGGAGGCAGUACCAUCGGUCAUUCCUCCGCUGAGGAUGCGCAGAUGACACUCGAAUUGGUUCGCUGGAAAUGGCUUGACGUGUGUUCCUUGUUGGACCGUAAGGGAUGA